GACGAACGUUAUCAGUUCAAUACAACAAAGCGAAUACAACAAAUCAAGUGAAAGUAAAACAAAACGUUGCGUGUUUCCUUGUUUUAAAAAGUAAACAGCUGCUAUAAAAUAAAACAAAUUACAUACUUAUUUUCUAAAAGAACAAAAGAAAAGUUAUAGAAGAAAAAAAUGGCAAAUCUACCACUAUUGUUGAGCUUGGCUGACGAUCUUAACCGUCUUUCCGUAAGCAGUUCACCUUUCUAUGAGUCACCUUUCUACUAUGGCCGUUUGCCGGCCUAUUUGGCUUUGGCCAAUACCGGAGACCAAACACAACAGUUGCGUAAUCGUGAAAGACAAACUUGUCCCUUGUCCACCAUUGGUAAAGAUGGUUUCCAGGUGUGCAUGGAUGUACAACAAUUUAAGCCCAGCGAAUUAAAUGUUAAAGUAGUGGACAACUGUGUUAUUGUUGAGGGCAAACAUGAGGAACGUGAAGAUGAUCAUGGUUACAUCUCUAGACACUUUGUACGUCGUUAUGCCUUACCCAAGGGUUAUGAUCCCAAUAAGGUGGUCUCUACUCUCUCCUCGGAUGGUGUUUUGACUGUUAGUGUUCCUAAGCCACAAACUGAAGAGAAAUCCAAUGAGCGUCAAAUUCAAAUCCAACAAGUCGGUCCAGCCCAUUUGAACGUUAAGGAAAAUGCCAAAGAAGAUAAGGAGAAAGAGAAGGAGGGCGAUGAGAAGAAGUCAAAGUAAUUUAAAUUACUGCCAUAAUUUUAGUCUAUCAGAAAGUUAAUAAGUCUGUUUAUUUAUUAAGUGUUUUUUAAUUUUAAAUUUUGGUUAACUACUUACUACCUCUAAUUAGUAUUUAUUGUUCAAUAAAUUUAUCCUACGUUUAAAAAUCAAAAAAA